AUGACAGUCAUUUUACAGUAAGUUAUCCUGAGUUUCUGUAAAAAUUCUGUAAAAUGAAAACAAAAUGAUAAUUAUGAGAUAAAACUUAAAAAUUACGAAUUACAGUAGUUUUGGUGAAUAUUACUGUAGCUCAGGGGUUUCGCUAAGGGUGGGGUUUAAAUGGGGCUGGUAAAUACCUGUAGUUGAAAAAUGAGAAGACAACUUUCCUGAAAUAACGUACCCGUGGACAAAAAAAAUCUUUUACCUCUUUCCCCUCCCUCAAUCCGAAAAAGUCUUUAGCGACGCCCUUGCUGUAGCUAAUAAAAAAAUGACACAGAUAAAAAAGUUUUAAAAAUGCAAUUUUUAUCAGUAUAGCCAUACUUUUAGAUCCGAAGCAAACACAGACACAGAAAUCAUCAACAAAUUGUUGAAUCGAGGUUAUGAUUGGAGGGUACGACCACCCGGAACUAAUCUGUCAUUACCAGGUAAGAGAACACUUUUUUUAUGCGGGGUUCUUGUUAUAGAGGAAUUCGUUAUGCAAGAGUUUUACUGUGUUUAAAAUGAGACUUGUAAAGUAUAUCACUAGGACAGGCUUUAGAUAUGUAAAGUGACCUACUAGGAAUGGCUCUUUUACAGGUCUAUUUACAAUGCAAUAAGAAAUUUGUUUAAAGAAUCUUUUUUAUAUUUUCCAUCUUUAGGUGUUCAUGGACCUGUGGUUGUCAAUGUCAACAUGCUGAUUAGGAGGUAAGAUUUUUAAAGUUUUUAACUUUGAAGGGAAAUUUUUAGUUUGGAAAGAGUAUAUUAAAGCUAAAAAGGGCCGGGCCGGCUUACGGGGACACGUUUUAUACCUAUUUUUUGGGCCCGACAACUUUUCAAGGCUAGAGUGUGUGGACGUAUUUUAAAAUUAUUUUAAAAAAGAAUUUUUAAAAUAUACUUUAGGGUUCAAAAUGAAGUGAAUUAGGUCAUUUUGGAACUGACAUUACUAAUGAGGACGAACUUAUACAUUAGAGACACAAUGCGCGACAUAUUUUUUGAUAUCUCAUUUGCAUGUGACGUACCAAAAGUAUUAUGCUGCUUUUGACGACGAAAAAAACUAAUUUUAGAUAUGAAAAGUGAACUUUAGGCAUAAAAGUUCAUCUUUAGGCGUAAUGAUUUAAAUUUAGGUAACAAAUUUUAUGUUUAAAAAUUUAAUUUUAGGCUUAUGAAAAAAAGUAUCGGAUUAAAAUUAAGUUGAGGCUUAAAACAAAAUUCUAGGCUUAAGUAUAAAAUUUAGGCUUAAAGAUGAAAUUCUUGGCUCAAAAAAUAAAAUCUUUGCUAAAAAAUGAAAUUUUAAGCUUAAGAAACAUAUUUUAGGCUUACAAUCAAAUUUUAGGCUUUAAAAUGAAGUUCCAGGCUUAAAAAUUAGGUUUUAAACUUAAAACUGAAGGUUUAGGCUAAAACUUUAAUUUUAGGCUUAACGGUAAAGUUCUAGGUUUAAACCUAUACUAAUUUCCUUAUUUUUUUAGUAUUUCCAAGAUCGACGACGUCAACAUGGAGUACAGGUGAGUGAGCAUUAUCUCUUGCAUCUUUGCAACAUAAACAAUGAGAAUCUGCUAGAGGUCAUUGUUUUGAAUUAUUCUGGCAUUCUGGUCUUGGGCCAAGUCAAAGUACUUGUUUUCUCAAGGGUCAAAAGUAAAAAUUUCAAAAAAAAUUAAAAUUAAAAAAAUUUUUUUUUGAAAAUUUAAAAAUUUUUGAAUUUGGUUAAGUAGUGGUCAUAUAUUAUAGAGAUAAGCAGGUUAGACUAAGAAUAGGACUGGAUUGUAGUAAUGCUAGGGUAUCUUAGCUAUUACUAGAUAUAAGAAUAUGACGGUGGCGGAAGCUUCAAAACCAAAAAACUUUCAAAUUUUUUUCAUUUUCUCAAAACUUUUGCACCAAAACACAAAAAAUAUCAAAAUUUUGCGAAUUCCAUUUAAAAACCCUUGACCAAGCGAACAUUUUUUCAAAAUAGUACGAAAAUAUUCCUUUUUGUCAUCUUGUUACGACAAUUUAAAAAGGCUUAUUGUUAAACGGCGAUAAACAAGCAGUUGACACGCAAACGACCCAUUUUGAAGAAUGUUUGUCUGAAGAACACAGUAAACUAAUAACAGCAAAAAAGAGUAACAAUAUGACAUGUUAGUUCGGGUUUUGAAAAGUGUUCAAGUGGUUCUUAAAAGUACGUGCAUGCGCUUAGUAUUAGAGUUUUUGAAAAAUUUUUGGAAAUACGUAUUGAUUUAAGCCUGAAAGAGGGCCUACUAGGCUCGGGCUAGGCCGAUGCAAAUAGAAAAGGUCAAGUCUGGGCCGCCACAUGUGGGUCCGAUGGAGGUCCGCGCAGGUUUUGGGAGGCCCAAACCGUGGCCCGCUCGGACCCCAGGUAAACUGAGUGGGUUAUGGAAAAACCACCAUACCUUUGCCAAAACUAAUGCAUAUGACAAAAGCUAAUAGUCUUUAUGAUACUAAAUUUGCUGAGGAUUUUCAAUAUGUUAAGUAAUAAGUCCAAAAAUACCCGCUUUUUAAAAAAAAACUAAAAAACCAAAGUUUUUGCAAAAAAAUAACUUUUUUAACAAAAAAUUAAAUUUACGUUGUGUUACAGUUAUCCAAACAGAAAAUGCCACUUACAAAAUGAUUGUUAUGGUAUAUAACAUACUUUUCUAAAUUUCCAUAUUGUUAUGGUUUUAAUGAAUCUUGGUAUGUAAUCAAAAACGACCAGAGCCUUUGAAUUUGAAAAAUAGGUUUUUUUGAAGAAAAAGCUUGAAUACUGUGUUACAUUCAGUGUUUUGCCGGACCUUUCCGGUACGGACCGAGGUCCGGACCGGACCGAAAGAAAAGUUCCGGACCGGUCCGGAAAAAAAAUUUUUUUAAUUUUAAUAAAACUGUUUUAAAAAUUGCAAAUAAAACAUAUUUUUAAGAGUUUUUAAACGUAAAAAAAGCAGUUUUAGCGCUCUUGGCUUUUUUUAAAAAUAAAAAAAAUUUUUUUCCGGACCGGACCGGACCUGACCUUUUUGGUCUGGACCGGACCGAAAUCAUUCUCAUCCGGACCGGUCCGGCAAAACACUGGCUACAUUAACCCAAUCAAAAUGUUACAGCUUGAAUAUUAUGUGUUACAGUAUCAAAUCAAAACGUUUUUAAUUACAAAAAUGGUCUUCAUGUUCUAUAACACGCAAAAAAUUCUUGAAAAUCACCAAAAAAAGUUUAAAAAUUAAUAAAAAAGUCAAAAACAUAAACUUUAAAAAAAACAACAAAAAAGCCAUAUUAUUCUAGUGUACAACUAACAUUCCGUGAAUCUUGGGUAGACGGCCGACUAGCUUAUGGUCUACCAGGGGAUGGUAAACCAGACUUUUUAAUCUUAUCAGCUGGUCAGCAAAUUUGGAUGCCAGAUUCGUUUUUUCAAAAUGAAAAGCAAGCUCAAAAGCAUAUGAUUGACAAGCCGAAUGUGUUAAUUCGAGUACAUAAAGAUGGUAAUAUACUGUAUAGUGUUAGGAUUAGUAUGGUACUAUCAUGUCCAAUGCAUUUACAAUACUACCCGAUGGAUGUGCAGACUUGUCAUAUAGAUUUGGCAUCGUAUGCUUAUACUACGGAUGAUAUUGGUAGGCUUAUAUUAUAGUUGUUAUUUUUGGAAAAUUUCCAAAAAUUUAAGAAGAGCUUAAAAAACUUUCAAAAUUUAAAAUUUUAGAGUACAAAUGGAAGGCUACAGACCCUGUCCAGCUAAAAACCGGACUAGAAUCUUCUUUACCUAGUUUUCAAUUAAAUAACGUUAGUACUACAUACUGUACUAGUAAGACUAAUACUGGUACUUAUUCAUGUCUACGAACGGUACUUACAUUGAAAAGACAGUUCAGUUACUACUUGCUACAGUUGUACAUACCAAGGUAAGGGCAGGGUAAAUAAAAGAUACGGAGGGUAGGGUACGGUAGGGUAAGGGAAGGCAGAGUAAGAUAGGGUGGGGUAUGGUAGGAUAGGGUCGGGUAGGGUAAUGUAGAGUAGGGUACGGUAGGGUAAAGUAAAGUGUGCUAGGGUAGGGUACGGUAAGUAAAAUCAAGAACAUCUUUUAAACUGUCAUUUUCAGUACUAUGUUAGUAAUAGUAAGCUGGGUAAGUUUUUGGCUGCCACGAACUGCCGUUCCAGCAAGAGUUACACUUGGAGUGACAACACUUUUGACUAUGACAACACAAGCCUCGGGUAUUAAUGCAAAACUACCUCCUGUAUCAUACAGUAAAGCUAUUGACAUUUGGACCGGAUGUAAGUGGAAUUGACGUAUUUUAAAACAUUCUUACUUCGGAAUUUUCUUUUGUUUUGGAAAGGGAUCUUAAGGCUUAAAAUUGAAUUUUUAUGCUUAAAAAUGAAGUUUAGGCUUAAAAAUUAAUUUUAGGCUUAAAAAAUGAAUUUUAGGCUAAAAGAUAAAGUUUAGGCUUAAAAACGAACUUUAGGCUUAAAAAUGAAUUUUAGGCCAAAAGAUGAAGUUUAGGCUCAAUAAUGAACAAGCUCCAAAAUAUUUUUUUUAAAACUUUUUUUUUAUUUUAGGCUUAACACUAUUUAUUUUUGUUCACAACUUUUGCUUUUUUCAGCUUGUUUAACAUUCAUUUUCGGGGCACUGUUAGAGUUUGCUUUUGUAACUUACAUGGCUUCGAGGGAUCAAGCUAGAAGUAAGUUCUAUGUUUUACCAUGUAUUUUUAGAAUUUAUUUUUCGAUUAAUUAAAUAUCAUAGAUAUGUCAGAAAACAGUUUGUAUUUUACAAGACAGAAAUUGCUUCUUUAUGAUGAUCGUUAUUUUAGAAAAACACAAAAAGUCAAAUGCAGGAAAUCCAAUUGACCUACAGUUGAGUAGGCCUUUAGCACCGUCAGGCAAUCCACGGCUAACAUCAACACCGCUGAUUGGAGCUGAAAAAGUAGGUUUACUAUUUUUAUGCGUAUCUAUGGUAGGUUCGUGUAGGGUAAGGUAAGGUAGGGUGUCUAAAAGGUAACCCCGAGGCGGGUCUGAAUUUUAAGUUUUAAAGGCCUAAAAUUAUAUUUAUAAGCUGAAAAUUUAUUUUUUUGUGUAAAGUAUCAUUUUAAGCCUAAAAUUUUAUUUUUAAGCCUAAAAUUUUAUUUUUAAGUUUAAAAUUUCAUUUUUAAGCCUAAAGUUUUGUUUUUAAUUUUAAACUUUUUUUAUUGAAACUUAAUUUUUAAAUCUCAGAAUUCAUUUUCCCGAACCUAAACUUAAAUUUUUAGCCUAAAACUUCUACUAAUCCCAAAAACUUUCAGCCAUAUCACGAAGAGGUAUGGCGUCGCCGUCCAUCUUCUCCAGCACCGCUAACUGAUGUCGUCGUGAACUAUCGUGGUACAGGAGUUGAACGACAGAUCCGAGUGCACGAUUACGCAGCUCAUGACAUGCCAUAUACGAAUGGCAACUUCGCAUUUAAUCGAAGAUUUAGCGAAAAAUCAGGAAAUUGGAUUCUGAAUUUGUUGAAGCGAAUUCCGCCGUUUAAAAAGUUUCUGAAACAAAUGCAAAUUGAUGACAGGGCUAAGAGGGCGGAUUAUAUGUCACGUGAGUUGAUUUUUUCGUUUUUUGGGAACAGUGAACUCUUGUAUAACGAAUCUUUUGGAGCAGGACUGGACGGGGACUUUUCGUCUGGGGGCGGAGGUCAAAUAAAUCGGCACAGGACUUGUGCCAAUUUUUUGCGAAAAUUUUUUUCUAAAAAUCCACAGGGGGGACGACGUUCAACUUUUUUUUGAAAAUUUUUUUCUGAGGGGGGGAGUUCUUACAAUGUAUUUUAAGCCUAAAUUUUUUAAUAAAGGGCGAAAUAUGUACUUUUGUUUAAACUUUACUAUUAUAAACCUUAUUUUAGGCCUGUUGUUUCCAUGUCUCUUCUUAACAUUCAACAUGGUAUACUGGCUGCGGUAUUCGAGAUACCAAGUGUCAUCACCUAGCUAA